GGUGCGGAGUACGGGUCAAACCACACGAUAGGAUGUGGUGACUGUUUCGGCAUGGCGGUGCAAGGCAUUACAUUGCAUUGCAUCGCAUCGCAUUAUGUACAGAGGCGAGGCACUAGACAAAGUUCUUGUCCCCAGCCGCGCGGUACGGAUUGUUUGUGGUAUGACGAGGCGGCGGCGGAGGGGUACCAGGGCUUGGUUCACUCAGAGCUCAUGCUUGGUUUCUACGUUCCAUCAAUUCUUCGAGCAUGCUGAAGCGGCACUGGAACAGUUGCCGCAUUUCUAUCCGUGCCCGUACCGACAGAUUCAACGUUAGCGCUAAUAAAGAACACCAGCUCAAAGCAGAGCCGAUGCACUUCAGCGGUCGAUGCGGUGUGGUGCGGUGCAUCUCUGCGGGUACCCUCGGG